GUGAAGGUGAAGCGAUUCUUGCCAGGUUUGAAGCGACAGUUAGAGGGAUAGUAAUGGAUCCAGAGUCAUUUAAAACUGAAGGCAGCACAGAGGCUGCCCGCUUGAAGGUCGCUGAAGAAUACAUGGAAGUAUUUUCAAAACUAGCUAAAAAUAUGAAGACGAUGCUUCUUCCGAGAGUCCCAGGCAAUUGGGGGGCAAUGAUUGCUCAGUCACAGCCCGCAGUUUUGCCAGAAGACCUCGAUGAUCUGUCUCGUAAGAUGCCAUCCAUCAGUGACAUGGGCGGCGUCCUGUCAGAUGACAAGGAUCCACUGCCACACCCCAAGCAAAAGUAGCUGCAAAUCUUGGUGCCGAUAACUAACUUGCUGUAUGUAAUGCAACUGGAUCAGCAAGGAUGGUUUUUGAGUCUGGAAGUGAAGAUUUCCAUUUUGACGUGCUAAUGGGGCCAGGAUGAAACACUUUGUUACCUAGUUGAGAACAAACCUUUGUGUAUAUUAAUCGACGGUGCUACAUGUAGAAGACAUCCCAACACGAGUAUCAAUCCCUUGUCGUGACUUUUAUUUCAUGAGAUUUUGUUGGUGUAAGGGAUGACACAAGUUUAAACGGAAGUAAAUUUACUUGCUGUUGCAAACAUAGAAUUCUUUUCGGCCUGAUAUAUCUGAUACUAUCUCAUAUGUGAAUUGCUAAUGCUGGGUUAGCUUUAGAUUUGCAUAAGUAGAGUUUAUAUAUUUGGUUCAGAGUUCUUUUUUAUGAAUA